AUGUUCACCCCACCGCCAUCACCUACACCCUCUGCGGCGAAGCCCACGACACUAAUGAAGCUUGGCUCGCCCUCGUCUUCCUACUCGAAGACGCGGACGCCCUCGCCCCUUGGUUCGCCUUCUAGCUCACCGGGGUCUUCUCCACGCCCACACAGUCGGUAUCUUUCGCCUCUUCCAUCACCUCGUUUACCGCCGUCGAUAUCUUCUUCAUCACGUUCCCUCGAGCCAACAGCGUCCAAAGGUCCUCAAAAGAAUAAACUGAUCCCGCCGCCCCUACCGCUCCCGACGUCGUCAAAGUUCUCCGUUCGCCACCCAAGCAAUGUCGAAAGGGAUCAAAUGGCUACGAAGCGUAAAGUCGGUCGCCGUCUCAAAUGGGCCGCCAUUCUCAUCCCCAUUGCGUUCAUCCUUCUCACAACAUCAGAGCGGUGGUUCUCCCCGUCAUCCGAGCGCUCCCGCUGGAAUCUAAAACUCUCUAACCUGAGGCUCGAUCAGUUCCUCGGCGUGUUCUAUUCGCAAGAGCGAUACGCAGUGCAAGAAAUGAGACCGUCAUGUAACUACCGUGGACCGCCACCUAUCUUGAGCCCUUCGCCUAUACUUGCCCCGUCGUCUCGCCACCCUCCCAUAGAUGGUAUACCUCCCGAGCUGCAUCAUUAUCAGAAACGUCAAGAUGCUUCGUCCCCAGUUGCAUUUCCAUCAGCUGCUCCGUCUGCGACGUCCUUGUCUCCCGCGCCAUCCACUUCGACUACGGCAGCAACAGCACAACCUCUUCCCACCGUCCCCUCAUCACCCCCUACAACACCACCUGUCCCGACGCCUUUCCCUCAACCGUUCGAUUCUGACAUCAGCACAAAUUUCUCUUCAAACAGCUGCUUCAACUUCUUCACGGAUAUGUUGAACAGGGCGGAAUUCAGAAGCUGCAGACCUUUCGGGUUGUUGGUUGGGAGCUCAGAUGAAUUCUUGAAGGCAAGAUUGCUUUUUCAAUCGCGUAUAUCCGACUCUCUAACUCAGUAA